CGCAUCAACAUUCCGCUUCCUCCCAACCCACACUCUUCCACCAUGUCAGCACCACGAGCGUCAACACGAACGCGUCAAACUCAGGCUUCAGCGAUACCCACGGGUCGUGUUACUCGUCUUCGCUCUCAACAGGGCACAGCGGCGCCCUCACCGGCUGGCUUAGGCAAGCCCGGCUUCCUCGCCAAGGGCAAGGAAGGCCUCCGCAAGGUCUCGGACAAGCUCAAGGAGAAGCAAGAGAAGGACAAGCAGGAGAAAGAAACUAAGAAGGCAGCGGAUACAUACACCGAGCAGCUCCAGGCGUACCUCCGCAUCCGACCUCAACUUGAGGCUGAGAGCGGCACGCCAUACCUUGAAGUGCAAGAUGGCACAAGUGUUCUCAUGCGCCCUCCGGUGGAAAGCCGUCUGCAUAUGCCCAAACCGAGUCAGCUGUACUCGUUCAACCGUGUGUUUGGGCCCGACACGGAGCAGAAUAACUUCUUCAAUGAAACGACCAAGCCGCUGGUUGAGAAGCUGCUGCAGGGCGAAAAUGGUCUGCUGUUUGCUUAUGGUGUGAGCAACAGUGGCAAGACUUAUACUAUUCAAGGCGGGGACAGCUCGAAGCUCGAGGAGCGCGGCCUUCUCCCUCGCUCAGUCGACGUAGUGUUCAAUUCCAUCAAGGGGUUGGAAAGCAAGGAGAACCUCAAGUGUCAGGGCCUGGCUAAUGUCGUCCUUACCGAUGAGGACGACGGUAUCGACCUUCACAGCCUCCCGUUCGAGCCCGAGGCUCGCCUCAACGACAGCGUGAAGGUUGACCGCAACUUCUCCUACGCUGUGUUUGUGUCCUAUGUCGAGGUUUACAACGACAAGAUCUUUGACCUCCUGGAUGCAGUCCUGCCCUCGACGCGGCCUAAGGUUCCUUCUGCCACUCCUCGAGCUUCAGCAUUGCCUCGGUCGUCGGCAAUGCCGCGAAACAUGAGCACCAUAGGCCUGUCCGGGCACAUCAACUCGUCCAUGAGUCUCGCCGCUCUGGCCAACGGAGGCGCCGGCAUCCUCAAGCGCAGAGCUCUUGUUCUCAAGAACGAUCCCGAUGGGAAUGGCAAGUACAUCUGCGGCGCCCACGAGAUUCGCGUUCGCACUCGCGAGGAGGCACUGGCUGUCUUCCGCUGCGGCCAGGGCGCUCGUCAGGUGUUUGGGACGAUGGCCAACCGCGAGUCAAGCCGGAGCCACGGAAUCUUCACUAUUAAGGUUGUGCGCGUGCACAAUGGCGCUCCGGAGGACCCUGACUCUGCUUCCGUAUCACGCCUCGCAAUCGUCGAUCUCGCCGGCUCCGAGCGCACGCGCAACACGGCAACCACUGGCGAUCGUCUCAAGGAGGCUGGUAAUAUUAACAAGUCACUCAUGGUGCUGGGCCAGUGUCUCGAGGUUCUUAGAGCCAACCAGCAGCGCAUCGCUGCUCCGUGCCCACCAGGUGCCCGGAAGAAGCUAGCCAUUGUACCCUUCCGCCACUCGAAACUCACUGAAAUCUUCCAGAACUUCUUCGUCGGUGACGGCCGGGCUGUCAUGAUGAUCCACGUCAACCCCUACGACACUGGCUUUGACGAGAACUCACAUGUCAUGCGUUUCUCCGCCAUCGCACGCGAGAUCCAGACAACUGCGACGCACAAGACGACGAUUCCUGCUCUUAAGCGCCAGAUCUCAAGCCACCUCAGUGCCUUCCGCUCAGCUAUGGGCGGCGGACAAAGAAUCAAGGUCAUGGUGCCCGUCGUGGCCAAACUGCCGGAGGCCUUGGUAUCAGAGGCGCCGCCGACACCGGCAGCUUCAGCUCCUCCGGUGAUUCCCACGCGUACCUCUAGCGCUCGUGUAGCCGGCUCUCGGCCUUCUGCACGCGGGGCUACAGCGGCUGUGAGCGCCAGCACACGUUCGACUCGCACUCACACGCGGCCUGCACCAUCUCCUCCACAGGCGCCUUCCCCGGCCCCUGAACCUGAGCAAAUCAAGAUGAUCGAGGAGGAGCUUGAGGUUGUGGAAGAAGACGCUGAGGACGAGAGCGAUGACGAGCAAGACCUCCUCGUCGAGUACCUCUUCGAGCAGCUGCGCGAGCUCAAGACACAGCUGUUUGAGAGUGAAAUGCGCAAUGCGCAGCUCGAGGUUGAUAUUCGUGAGGAGGUCUCACGCGACCUUCAAAACACAAUCAGGCGGAUUCAUGCCGAGUACGAGAAGCGGCUCCAGGCGGCGGCGGCCGCUGCCGAGCUCAAGGCGGACAUGAAGCUCGACAUAGUUCAGCGCACCAUGGGCGAUGUGGGAGACUCGUCGGUCGAUGAGAGCUUCGAGUCGUCCACAGACGGAGAUCUCACAAUGGACUUCCUCUCCGAUCCCUUCCUCAGCGCUCCGAUUCGGAAGCCGAACGACGGCUCGACCUCGGAGAGAGAGGUCGAAGAAGAGAUUUCUAUGAUAUUCCACAAUUCGGGGGACGUGAGCGGUUCUGUCGAUGAGGACGACGAGGGGGGCGUCACCGAAUCCGAAUCGGAAGAAGAGGAGCCCGUCGAGGGCCGCUCGAUGCUUAGCAACGCAGCGGGCAGCGACACCGAGAUGGAGGAUGGCAACGACUCGGAAGAGGAGGAGCCGAUCGAGCUCCGCCCCAUUACACCAACCGACGAGACGCCUACGCCGACAGCGACGACGCCAACGGGGGCUCAGGCGGAGCACUCUGGCGAAAUCGACUCUGACGAGGAACUCAACUCUUCAGAUGAGGAGGGGACCGUCGAAGACACCUCCAUGGUGAGCAUGUGCACGAGCGCCGACUCCGAGGAGGGGGAGGAGGACGUCUCUGGCGACGGCUACGAUGAUGAGGACGAGUCGGAGGGCGGCUCUGAUGAAGAAGACGACGACUUUGAUGCGUCCUUCGCUUCGAGCGUGUCAGCGGAGUCUGAGCCUGCGCGUCGCGCCUCGAGGCGAAGCCCAGUGAAGGUCCAGGCGCCAGCCAAGCCCGCUCCUCUCCGCGAGAGUAGGCGCCAGGUCACGUACAACGAGGACGAAGAUCUUAUGAAGCCCGCCACUCCCGCUCAAGCCAAGAAGAAGCGCACAUUGGGCAAGCGUAUUGUCACCGAGGACGAGAUGGCGGCUCGCGAGCCUGCUGGAGGUGCCGAGGUGCGACGCAUGGUGCGGGGCCUGUGAUCUGUGAUAUGUUUUGUAGUGUUUGUAUCUGUUUUUAUGAUUACGAUUUCUUCAGAAGCAAG